AUCAACUAUCGAUAACGCCUUCAUCGUUGUGAGGAUGUCAGACUGCAAGCAGAUCGCCGCUCAGAAGAGCGCUAAGAUCGCAGCAGGAGCAGUUGUGUGUGUGGAGAGCGAGAUCAGAGGAGAUGUGACCAUCGGAGCCCGGACUGUGGUGCACCCCAAAGCCCGGAUCAUCGCGGAGGCGGGGCCCAUCAUCAUCGGGGAGGGAAACCUGAUCGAGGAGCAGGCGCUCAUCAUCAACAGUUACCCGGAAAACCAGCUGCCGGACUCUGAGGGCGCCGAGCAGAAAACCAUGACCAUCGGGACCAACAAUGUGUUUGAAGUGGGAUGUGUGUCUCAGGCUCUGAACAUCGGAGACAACAACGUGAUCGAGUCUAAGGCUGACCUGGGCAGGAGGGUGGUGCUGAGCAGCGGCUGCAUCGUGGGCGCCUGCUGCCAGCUCAACACCUGCGAGGUGGUGCCAGAGAACACGGUGGUGUACGGCUGUGGCACCAACCGCCGCCUGCAGAGCGAGAAGCCUCAGCCUCAGACUCUGCAGCUGGACUUCCUGAUGAAGAUCCUGCCAAACUACCACCACAUGAAGAAGACUGUGAGAGGGAACAGCACCACCCCUGUGAGGAACUGACUGAACCUUCUUUACCUCCAUCUAUGAGGAACUGACUCCACCGUCUUUACAUCCACCUGUGAGAAACUGACUCCACCUUCUUUACCUCCACCUAUGAGGAACUGACUCCACCUUCUUUACAUCCACCUGUGAGGAACUGACUCCACCUUCUUUACCUCCACCUGUAAGGAACUGACUCCAUCCUCUUUACUACCACCUGAUAGGAGCUGUUUCUACCUUCUUUACAUCCACAUGCGAGGAACUGACUCCUCCCCCUUUAGUUCCAACUGUGACCUCCACCAACUUUACCUCCAUCUGUGACGUUCACCCAUUAGAGUCAUUCUUUUAGACCUGAUAUAAAUCUCCUUAUUGAUUAAUUCAAUGUCUUUAUAAUUGUUCUCAUAAAGAUUGCAAUCAAAAUGA